AUGCGACGAUGUUUCCUGGCGACUAAGAGUAUCUUUGGACUCUCGAAGUCCAUCACUCCUUCCUAUGCUACCCCAUUCGCUCGACAUGCCUUCGAUACCCAAUCCCUGAGCUCGACAGCUCGACGAUUUGCCAUAGCAAAAACCCAGGUCACUGCAUUGGAGGAACGCAUCUCGAAGAUCCCGAUCGAGCGCUUCCGCAACUUCUGCAUCGUUGCUCAUGUUGAUCAUGGCAAGAGCACGCUUAGUGACCGGCUGCUGGAGUUGACAGGGACGAUCCAGCCCGGCGGCAACAAGCAGAUUCUGGACAAGCUGGAUGUGGAAAGAGAGCGCGGCAUCACAGUCAAGGCACAGACGUGCUCUAUGAUCUACGACCACAACGGUGAGGACUAUCUCCUGCACUUGGUUGACACCCCUGGACACGUCGACUUCCGUGCAGAAGUGAGCAGAAGUUAUGCCAGCUGCACCGGAGCGCUCAUCUUGGUCGAUGCAUCGCAAGGUGUACAGGCGCAGACUGUGUCUAACUUCUAUCUCGCCUUUGCGCAAGACUUGACACUAGUGCCCGUGCUUAACAAGGUCGAUCUACCGCAUGCGGACACCAAGAGCGUUCUCGAGCAGCUGCACGAUACCUUUGAGAUCGAUUCAAGCAAUGCGUUGAUGGUAUCGGCGAAGACCGGUCUGAACGUAUCGAAGCUGUUGCCGACCAUCGUCGACCAGAUCCCUGCACCAACGGGCGAUGAGAAUGGGCCGCUGAAGCUGCUUCUGGUAGACUCGUGGUAUGAUAACUACAAGGGCGUGGUGCUGCUGGUGCGCAUCUUCGAGGGAAGAGUCAAGCCUGGAGACCGUCUUGUGUCCUUCGCGACGAACCUGGAGUAUAUCGUGGGCGAAGUGGGAAUCAUGUACCCGCUCGAAACACCGCAGUCGUGUCUGCGAGCUGGACAGCUUGGCUACAUCUUCUUCAAUCCUGGUAUGAAGCGCAGUAAAGAGGCAAAAGUCGGAGACACAUACACCACUGUUGGCAGUCGCAACAAGGUCGAGAUGUUGCCUGGCUUCGUCGAGCCGCAGAGCAUGGUUUUCGUGGCUGCAUUUCCCACCGACCAAGGCGACUAUGCCAAACUCGAGGACAGCAUCAACCAGGUUACGCUUAACGACCGAUCUGUCGUAGUCACGAAGGAGAGCAGCGAGGCCUUGGGCGCAGGGUGGCGCCUGGGCUUCCUCGGCACUCUCCACUGUUCAGUGUUCGAGGAUCGUCUGAGGCAAGAGCACGGUGCGAGCAUCAUCAUCACACCGCCUAGUGUGCCCUUCAAGGUCGUCAAGAAGGAUGGUACGGAAGAGAUCAUCAGCAAUCCUAACAAGUUUCCAGAAGGGCAAGAGAUUCACCAGCAUGUUGCAUCACUUGAGGAGCCAUACGUAACAGCGACCGUGACCACCCCAGAAGAGUAUCUCGGCAAAGUCAUCGAGCUGUGCGAAGGAAACCGUGGCAUACAAGAGAGCAUCAGCUUCUUCACCUCUACUCAGGUCAUCUUGAAGUACUUGCUUCCACUAGAGCGUCUGGUCGAUGACUUCUUCGGCAAGCUCAAAGGUGGUACGAAGGGCUAUGCUUCGCUUGACUAUGAGGACGCUGGAUAUCGUGCCGCUAACAUCCUCAAGCUUCAGCUGCACGUCAACAAGGUUCCAGUCGAUGCUGUAGCAAGAGUAGUGCAUUACUCUGAAGCUGAGCGCAUCGGCAAACAGUGGGUUGCGAAGUUCAAGGAACAUGUUGAUCGACAGAUGUUCGAGGUUGUGAUUCAAGCAGUCGCCGGCAAAAAGGUGGUAGGACGUGAAACGAUUAAGCCUUUUCGUAAAGAUGUGCUGCAGAAGCUACAUGCUGCUGAUGCGAGUCGACGCAGGAAACUGCUGGAGAAGCAGAAGGAAGGUCGCCGGAAACUGCGAGCUGUGGGCAACGUGGCCAUUGACAACAAGGCAUUCCAGAGCUUCCUGGCCAAAUGA